UCCAAUCCAAGCUGACUCGACUAAAAUGGCUUGAUAUUUCUCUCUCUUCUUCCCCUCCUCCAACUACUAGCACUAUGCUCCUCCUCCUCCUCAAUUCUUCCCUUCCCUUUGCUACCCUAUCCUACCCUUCGAUCUGAUUCAUUCGCCGCCGCCGAAUCCCGGCCGCCGGCGGUAGCUGCUCCGACUUUUCUUCCUUCUCUCGACUCCACUGGGUCUGGAUAUAGAUAAGAGUCUUCCUUGUUUCUUUGCUGUGACCAGUUAAAUCCAAGUCUUCAUCUUCCCCCUCGAUUCCCUUUUCUGCUUCUCGGGGUUUGGUGGUGUUCUAGCAGGCAGUUCGUUCCCCACAAAAUUCUAAGCUCACCCUUGCUUUCUUCUCCCCCUUGUUCUUGACUAGGAUUUUCUUUUCAUUUCCGUAAGGAAAAGGAGAUCACGAGUUAGCAAUCUUGUGCUCGCGUUAAUUUCAUUCGAUUUGUGGAUUCCGAAGAUGAUAUCUCUGUGAAUUCGAAAGGGUCAAGAAGAUUGUUUAUCAGUAUCGAUGGCAUCUUUUCCUCUUUUCCCUGCUCUCCUCCUCCUUCUGUGCUCUUCCUCCCUGGCUUUGGACUCCGUCUCCGAGCCAACCCUCUCAUGGACCUGCGGAGACGACCAAGUUGCCAUCUUGGACACAUCCGAUGGCGGCCGCAACCUGUCCGUCAAUGGGGAAUUGGUUCAGGAUCGUGUUCUUGGCUGCCAGAAGCUCCGGUCGUACUACGUGAGCCGCUGCCUCCGCUGCGGCCAGCAGUCAGAGGCAUGGAGGGGCGCCUGGAAGCACUACUGCCGUGAAGGGAGUGAAUCAAGCAACGCACAAAAUAUACCAAGGAAGCUUUUAAGGCAGCCCUCAAUGAAUGAUGCAAAAAUUGAAGAUGACCCAUGUAAAAACAUGGGAAUUCAUGGACAUAAUCAGGAUGAUAAUGAUUCUUUGGAAGGGCAGGAUCAUCUACUAGCUGUGCCAGGUGUGAUUCUCCUAUGCUGUGGUCUGAUGAUACCGUGCUUUCAUGCUGAGAAAAAGGAAGUCAGCAGGCAUAACACUACAUCCAUUCAGCGCAAUGCAGUCGAAUCGAUUGCAUCCUUGGAUGUAAGCACGUCAUCUGAGAAGGUUCCACCAACUCCACACCGAAUACCCCCAAGUCCAUCUAGAUUCGCACAAUCUCCACAAAUUGCUCGAGUUGGAUCUGUGAACUUAACUGUGCAGCAGAUUCUGAGGGCUACUCAGAAUUUCUCACCUUCAUUUAAGUUAGGUGAAGGAGGAUUUGGGACAGUCUACAGAGCUGUAUUGCCAGAUGGCCAGGUGGUUGCAGUAAAGAGAGCCAAAAAGGAUCAAUUCGCAGGUCCCAGAGAUGAGUUUAGCAAUGAAGUAGAAUUGCUUGCUAAGAUUGACCACCGGAAUUUGGUGAGGUUGCUGGGAUUUACUGAUAAGGGACAUGAACGUAUCAUUAUCACUGAGUAUGUUCCAAAUGGCACUCUGAGGGAGCAUCUUGAUGGCCAAUAUGGAAGAACCCUGGAUUUUAAUCAGCGUCUCGAAAUCGCAAUUGAUGUUGCACAUGCACUGACUUAUCUUCAUCUAUAUGCUGAGAAGACAAUAAUUCAUCGGGAUGUGAAGUCAUCAAACAUCCUGCUGACAGAGAGCUACCGGGCCAAGGUGUCUGACUUUGGAUUUGCAAGAAGUGGCCCCAGUGACACAGAAAAGACACACAUCUCAACAAAAGUAAAAGGAACCGCUGGCUACCUUGAUCCUGAGUAUCUGAGAACAUACCAGUUGACUCCUAAGAGCGACGUCUUCUCCUUUGGCAUACUGCUUGUGGAAAUUCUCUCUGCUCGCCGACCGGUAGAACUGAAGCGGGCUGCUGAAGAGAGAAUAACUAUCAGAUGGACAUUCAAGAAAUUCAAUGAAGGGAACAGGAGGGAGAUAUUGGAUCCGUUGUUGGAGGAUCCUGUGGACGAUGAGGUGCUCGAAAGGCUGCUGAACUUGGCAUUCCAGUGUGCCGCUCCGACGCGGGAGGACCGUCCGACCAUGAAAGAAGUUGGAGAGCAGCUGUGGGAGAUCAGGAAGGAGUAUGGAAAGAGUGUCAGGAGGGUGUGAACAUUAAAGUUAGCUCUUUAGGCUUUUGAUCUUCAGACAUGCAUAUUCUUUGUGCCAUUGUAUACGCAUGUGGUGAUAUGAUGUUUCUGCUGAGUUGCUUCCAAAUGUGCUACUUAUUGAACAAUGUACAGAGAGGGGUAACACCAGCCGCACUUUGUAUGUAUCUUUCUACUUUUGGAAUUACAUGACUGGUGUUGCGGGUUUAUUUCUCCAUGGAGCUACUGUUCUUUUAGUGAGACUAGCAAUACUGCAUGUACAAUUCACGUUUUAUUCUAUAUAUGUUGUUUCAUAA